CCUGCAAGAUGACUCCCACCCCAGAUAGACCUGCCACGCUGGCACAAGGAUCUGCCUGCAUGCAUCUCAUUGCAGACUGGGACCCGGGGGAGUGCAGGGUGUGGGUGGAAGCUAUGAAGCAUGAGCUCCUAGAGAAUCAGCCGCGGCACUAAAUUAUAACACACAGGCCAAUGCUGUUGUCUCACUAACACAACCCCUUCACAUAAUUCAAGGGUAGGAGAUGUUGCUCAGAACAGAGUGGAACUUACAGGCUGAGACCUGUUGUUACUGUGCACUUCCAUCGUCCUUGGGGAGACCUAGACAUUUGUCGAUUCAACCCUUCUGUGGGCAAAGUUUGGGCACAGCGGCUUCCUGGAUGGUGGCUAGAUUUCAUUGCUCUCUGAAGUAAUGGAACUGUCCUAAAGAUCUAGCACGUGCUUUAAACCAGGCACCAUUCUCAAGGGAACUACUUUCUGUAUCUGUUUUCUUUCAGAAUGAAAAAGGCAAACGUUGACCUCACUAUGAAAAAGUUUCAAGAUUCACAGCAGCAUCACGUUCAGUGGAAGCCAUGUGGGUGACCAACCUCCUGGCCCUCUGUGCCCUAGCGGCCGCAGUGCCCUCGGAAGAUAAGAAGCUGAGCGAUAAGGCAACUGCCUUAGCUGACCGCAGCACAACUCUCGCCUUCAACCUCUACCACACGAUGGCUAAAGACAAGAACAUGGAGAACAUCCUCGUGUCUCCCGUGGUGGUGGCCUCCUCGCUCGGCCUGGUGUCACUCGGUGGCAAGGCCACCACAGCCUCCCAAGCCAAGGCCGUGCUCAGCGCCGACAAGCUGAACGACGACUACGUUCACGGCGGGCUUUCGGAGCUCCUGAACGAGGUCAGCAACUCCACCGCCCGCAACGUCACCUGGAAGCUCGGGAACCGCUUGUAUGGCCCCAGCUCCAUCAGCUUUGCUGAUGAUUUUGUGAAGAGCAGCAAGAAGCACUACAACUACGAACACUCCAAGAUCAACUUCAGGGACAAGAGGAGCGCCCUGAAAUCCAUCAACGAGUGGGCAUCCCAGACCACCGAUGGCAAGCUCCCCGAGGUCACCAAAAACGUGGAGAAGACCGACGGGGCCCUGAUUGUGAACGCCAUGUUCUUCAAGCCUCACUGGGAUGAGAGGUUCCAUCACAAGAUGGUGGACAACCGUGGCUUUAUGGUGACCCGUUCCUACACAGUGGGAGUUCCCAUGAUGCACCGCACAGGUCUGUACAACUACUUUGAUGAUGAGGCUGAGAAACUUCAGAUUGUGGAGAUGCCUCUCGCUCACAAACUCUCCAGCAUGAUCUUCAUCAUGCCCAACCAUGUGGAGCCACUGGAGAGGGUUGAGAAGCUGCUGACCAGAGAGCAACUGAAAACUUGGAUCGGCAAGUUGAAGAAGAGAGCCGUGGCCAUUUCCCUGCCGAAAGUCAGCUUGGAAGUCAGCCACGAUCUUCAGAAACACUUAGCGGACCUUGGCUUGACUGAAGCAAUGGACAAGAACAAGGCUGACCUGUCCAAGAUUUCAGGCAAGAAAGAUCUCUACCUUUCCAACGUCUUCCAUGCCGCGGCCCUCGAGUGGGACACCGAGGGGAACCCCUUUGAUGCCGACAUCUACGGCCGAGAAGAAAUGAGGAACCCGAAACUCUUCUACGCCGAUCACCCAUUCGUCUUUGUGAUCAAGGACAAUAAAACCAACUCCAUUCUUUUCAUUGGCAGGCUAGUGAGGCCCAAAGGGGACAAAAUGCGCGAUGAAUUGUAGUUUGAAGUUUCAGGUUUUGGUGGGGAUUUUUUAAAUGGGGAAAUGUUCUUUUGUGUUCUCUACGACCUGAUGGGUGCUCGCCGGACCAGAGUGCAUUUUGAUGUUAAAGCCAGCAUACCCUUUACCUCGCCAGAAUAUUCCACCGAAAGAAAAUUCGUGGGAGGAACAGGGAAGGUGGGAGGGAGAGGGGUGAAAGGGCCAGGAACAAUGGGAGGGACCAGUUCACUGGGAUUUUGUUCCCAAUCAGUGGCAUAUCUGCUGAGAUUUUAGGUUACUGUCUGUGUCUUCCUCCUCCUUCCUGCAUAGAAUAAAUCCUUCUGCCAAGCACGAUGGCACCAUCUGCCAGGAUGCAAACUGUCAGCCGAGGCCACAGUAAAGGUACCAGCCCACACACUUGCAUCACCGUCUCUGUUGUGCCCUUUGUUCUAGAUACACGGAGUGCUGCUUCCCCAUCCCUUUUCCCUGACAGCUUCCUUCAGCUUUGUGCUUAGGGGACAGCUUGCCUCCCACACAUCCACUGUCCCUGGUUCCUUGCACUGGGGGGUUUCUUGGCUGAGCUGGAAGCCAGGGGGUUGGUCCCUUUAUCUGUUCCCUCCUUGAAGUUCUUCUGCCUGCAUCUUGCUUGGUAAAGGGAGGGGCAGGGACUGAGCGUGCUCCCGCUUACAGCGACUGACAGCAAUGGGGGCACCCCUGACAGAUGCAGGUGUAAGGGAGAGGAGAAGUGAACCCCCAGGAGUUAGUGUAACCAUUUUGGUUACUUUAGAGGGGGAAACAGACUGUAACCACCAGCCAUACAGAUGCUGUGGCCCACAUACAAACAUAGAUACAAGUAGAAUUUUCCCUGUACCUUCUAAACCACUUAGCCAUGUUCUGAAAUGUGCAAUAUCUCCCCAGCUACUUCCACUUGAACACAGACUAAUAUCCCUGCCUUACCCAUGGACAGCUGAAAUCUUGCAAAAAUCUGCUUCUUUGGGAAUACUCUAGUUUAAAAAAAAAACCCAACACCUUAAAUCUCACAGCACUGAGGUGUCUCAGCAAAGGGGCCAAGGCCAGAAUGGGCCAUAGAGAUUAAAAGACCCUUUUUCAGGUGGUCCCUUCAGCAGAGAGGUGAGGUGCAGCUGGGGGAGGGGUGAUUUGCUCUGCAGCUAGCUGUGCUCUACCUGCUCUGGGGCUCAAGAGGAUUUCAGGCUAGGGAGCUACCGAGCAGACAACUCUCCCCAGCACUGGGCCUGCCAUCGAAAGGUUUCAUUAACCCCUUAGAAGGGAGAGGAGGAAGUUCACAUCCCUUGGUGCUUUUGUUUCAGUCUGUCAGGACAGACUGGGCAAGAAACAGUUUACAUUGUGAAGGUUCUCUCUGCAACUAGAAAGUUAGAGCCCAAACCAUCUCCCAAGGGGAAGAUUCCCGCUGACACCUCUCUAAGCCUUUAGAUCUUCCAUAGCCUGGCUUCCUAAUGACCCUUUCUACACAAUCAUCUUCCCAAGAGGGUUCAAUCCCCAGUGGCUGAACCUGCAUAAGGCACAUAGGGUAACACUUGUAUUUAUAGCUAUGUAUUUAUGCGUGAGAAGUGGCAAAUCUCAUGAUCCAAUUCCAGCCUAGAGUUGAUGGAUGAAAGUGAAUUUUUCCCCAAGGGACAUUUAUCAGGUUGAAGCUUGUAUUUAAAAAAAAUAAAUGGUCCUGACCUUACAGAUUCCUAAGUAUGUGUUUAAUGUUUCUUACACACACAAUGUCACGGCAAAACUAGAACAAAAGGUUAGAUAAUCGUUUUUCAGUUUAAUCUACUUUCCAUGUCACUGAUGCUGAUUGCAAUCAGGGUAGACAGUGAAACUGGACUGGUUACAGUUACUUUGUCUGUUUCACUUUCACCUUCUUGAGUACAAGCCCAAUCCUGCAGCAUCUGGAUUUUAGAGGCUGACAGAGGUUGAAUUGGUAAAUUGACUUCCACAAUAGUUUAAGUUGAUCUGAAUUUUGUGUAUAUACCUAAAUCUAGGGGCCAAAAUGUGACCUGAUCUUGUCUCUUAGUAGAUGAAGUUACAAAAGUACAGUGAAGUGUAUGUGCCAAAAUCCCAUACAGGUCAGCCCAGCGGGCAAUGCUGUCCUUAACACCUCCAGUUAAAGCUCUGACAAGCAUCGCCAACGGAGUGGUGGUGGUGGGGGCACAGGCAUGUAUCAGAGUGCACAAAAUACUGCCUGAGCAUGCACACUGCAAAUCUGUGCACUGAAACCCAUGUCUGUUGCACAUUUAUACAGGAUAGGGUGGGUGGGAGUGUGGAGAACACACUGGGAGAGUCAAUUUGCAUCAUGUGAAUGGAAGUGUCUGCUUUUUUUUCCUGUUUUGAAUUCUUGUACCACAAAACUGAGUUGUAUAAUUUUGCAAUAAAACUUUUUCAAUUAA